GCGCCCCGCCGGCACCGCAGCAAUGGCGGCGCCCAGGGCGCCCGCGUGAGCCCGACGCCGACCGCGGCAGCCGAUACUUGUCAGGCGCCUUCAGUAGAGGAGUGCGAGGCAAAUAUAUCUAGCAAGCUACAAACAAAGCCUGAUAACGCGGAGAGCAAUCAGAACUGCGGCAGAAAAGAUCUCUUGUUGCUUAAAACAGACAGGGGCCCACGGUGCCCUGUACUGAGAGGAGCUCGGUGCCAGGAGCACAGCCAGCGCAAAUGCGAGGAUGUCGGGCGAACAUAAAGCAAGUUGGUUGCAGUGACUCAUCCACAUAGAGUAUUUGGACUUGGUAAUUCUGCUGCUUACUGUGCCCUGGUUCUGACAUGUGUUGGAUCUCUCCAUUAGCCACUUUGACCUAUUAGCCUGGAAGAAAAACAGCAGAAAGGUGGAGUCUGGAUAAGAGCUGUCAGGAGGGCUUUCUAGCCAGUUUGAGGCUGAGUGAUAGCAAUCUUGAAGUACAGUUUUAGAGGAGUGGCACCAAAAGGCCUGUUGUUAACACUGAGUGCUUUACAGGACAAGUAGCACUCCCUGCUUCCUCAGCUGCCUGAAAAUCAAGCCAUAGAUACUGACCUUCAAUCCAAAUAAGUGUGCUGUCAUAGGACUGGCUUGGGAAAACAGCUGAGAAACAAGUGGGACCAGAGCAUCAAGAGCUAGACAAGUCCAGCCCAUGGGCUUCCAACUAUGACUGAAAAUGAGCAAUGAAGACCGUGGUGCACAACUUGGGUGCACUUCAGCUCUCCAUAUCUCUGCCUCAGCAGGAGCAGCAACAGAAGAUGGCUGUGGGCAGGGGCAGCACCUUAGGAGCAGCCCGGCGUGCUGCAUGGGGCAGCAGUGCUUAAUGGGAUCACCACUGCUCAGCUGCCAAGCUCCUUUGCCAGAUGGCACCAUCUCUACACUGCAGCACUGGAGCGGAGGGAGGAAAAAUGCCCGCUUCUCUGAGAAGACUGCAGCAAAUGGCUGUUUUCAUGGGACUGUUCAGCGGCGGGGGAUGCUUCGUGAUGUACAAUCUUAUGCAAAAAAGUUUUGCCAGGACCCAGUAUUACCAGCAAGCUUUGGAGCAACUGAACAGCAAUCCUGAUGCCCUGGCAGCCCUGGGUGCCCCCCCUCUUAAGGUUCACAACAUCCACCUGACAGAUGGGAGCAAUCGUGUGGAUACAGAAAGAGCGCGGAUAAAGCUACCGGUCUCUGGAACAAAAUCUGCGGGCUACCUCUGCAUUAACGCGGUGAUGGACCACUCCCGUCGGUGCUGGUGCCUUCGGGAUGUCACCUUGAAACUGCGGGAUGGUCAGAAUAUUCCGGUUUACCACUCUCCAGUGGAAGGCAUUGGUGUGCAAGAAGGCUAAAAAUCAGGGACAGCUGCAUCUCCGCCCCCCAUUGAGCCAAAGGAGCCAUUAAUCGAUUGCAUCCUGCUGUGUCUCUGAAUGUACACCGUUGUCACAAGUGACAGUUUCACUUAAGCGGGUGCUCUCAAGACAAUUUUCUCUCUAAGAUUUACCUCAUUAUUGUUGUGAUUGUAAUUUCUUUCUUUUGCUGGUUUAUUCAUGUGUUUAACAGAAACCUAAAAUAAAUGUCUUGCAAAAGAGUUGCUGUUGCAGAGAAGUAAUGUGUUAUGCCCUGUGUGUGCUGGUAUUAUGAAUUUGAAAUAAAUAAACAAACUGCCAGGAAA